GUGAAAGCAUUGUCUAAUUUACAAAAAUGUCACGUGUACUGGCGACCGUGUGGAGAUGCCAAACAGACGGAUCAAACAAAGCAGGCGCUGAAGACGUAUCAACCCGUACUCACUAGGCUCAUCCAAAACCAUGCUCAUAUGCGACGACCUGUGGCCAUAAAGUACAUUGAAGACCGUGAUGGAGAGGAACUUGAAAGUAUCUUUAAGCAACUCAGUCAAGAGGAACAAGAGCCAGAAAACUCCCUAAAAAGUCAAUAAAUACCACUUCUCUGUAUCUUGCUGUAGAGAAUUCCCCCACCGAGAAAAAAAUAGAAAAAGUAUAAAAGGUUCUCCUUAGUGUAUUUAAUGUUUGCACGCGCCACAUUGGUUAAAUCCACCACAACUCGUUUGUUCCCGCGCUUCAUGUCUACUUCUACAUUACUCGCCGAUCGCCAAGCUGCCGUUGCUCGUCUCGAAGCCAAAACCUUCUUUGAACAACUUACCAAGAAUGAAAAGCUCUAUGCUCAUUACAUGGCCAAAGCUUCAUUUGCUGGCAGCCGAAUCAUUCUGGCCCAAACCAACCCACAUGGUCCCGAGAUUUUUGAUCUCAUUCAAUCUGUCUUCACCACCAAGGAUGGCCGCAUGGUCGACAUAGACCAGCUACAAAAAGACAGUGGCGUGUCCAAAGAAUCGUUCGAGGACUUUGUUCAAUAUGCUACGCAAUUUCUUGGCAACAUGAGCAAUUAUCGCUCCUUUGGCGACCGCAAGUUCAUUCCCCGAGUAUCUGCCCAAGACAUUCAGCGCAUUGUUGAGGCCAGUGCUCACGGUCCAAAGGCAUUGGCAUUAUGGGAGUCCACAAAAGAAGAAAUCUUCAGCGUUGAACCCAGCGCCAAGGCACUUCUUGGCUUUCCAGAAGAUGGUCAUGUUUCUGGCUACUAUAGUUCCAACAUCACUAAGGCAGACAUUAAACUGGUUCAAGACUAUUGCGAAAAAAUCCCACUGGAUCCUCUCAAUACCAGGCUAUUCAAAGACGAACAAGGCUACCAUCUGCGAAUUGCUUCAGCGGUUGCCAAAGAUCCAGAAUCUCAUACAUUGCCCAACGGAGCCUCUCUUACAGUGCAAUAUGGUGAUUUUAGUGAAUAUAUGGCCGAAGUGGCCAAGAACAUCAAGGCAGCCAUACCGUUUGCAGCCAAUGAAAAUCAAAAGGCCAUGCUGAACCAUUAUUUCCAAUCCUUUGAGUCGGGAUCUAUAGAUGAACAUAAGGAGUCCCAGCGAUAUUGGCUGAAGGACGUUGGCCCUGUGGUUGAAACCAACAUUGGAUUCAUCGAGACGUACCGUGACCCGCAAGGUGUACGUGCGGAAUGGGAAGGUUUUGUUGCCAUGGUGAACAAGAGCCAAACCGAAAAGUUUGAAAAUCUCGUCAAGAACGCUCCCAAUUUCAUCUCACGCCUACCCUGGCCCAAGGACUUUGAACGGUCCGUCAUUAACAAUGCUCCCGACUUCACGUCCUUGGAAGUCCUCAACUUCGCAACAGCAGGUCUACCAGCGGGUAUCAAUAUUCCCAACUAUUCUGAUAUCACACAAGUUUUGGGCUCCAAGAAUGUCUCCCUUGGCAACGUUUUGACAGCACACGCACCGACUAUUCGAUUCCCGUUUGUGCGAGAUGAAGAUUAUGACAUGUAUAUCAAAUAUCGUCUUCAGGCUUUCGAGGUCCAAGUUGGUACGCACGAAUUGGGUCAUGGUACUGGCAUAUUGUUUACUGAAGACGCAAGUGGCACCCGUAAUUUUGGCGAUCAUAUCAUCAAUCCCCUGACCAAUCAACCUAUUCAACAUUGGUACCAAUCUGGCCAAAACUUUAAUUCCGUGUUCAAAAACAUUGCUUCUUCCUAUGAAGAGUGUCGCGCUGAAGCUAUUGCCAUGGUGCUCAUUCCUCACCUGGAUAUACAAGCCAUUUUCGGGCACGAAGGUGAAGAGGCUGAGGAUGUCAUCUUCACCAGUUAUCUCAACAUGGCGCGAGCAGGUCUGACUGCGCUUGAAUUGUAUGACCCGCGAGCUAAAAAGUGGGGUCAAGCUCAUAGUCAAGCUCGCUAUGCUAUCCUUCAAGUCAUGAUCGAAGCCAAGUUAGCUGAAAUUGUAUACACCGAUAAUAACCAGAACCUUGAAGUACACGUCGAUCGAUCCAAGAUUAGAAGUGUGGGCGUCCCUGCUAUAGCCGACUUUUUAAACAAACUCCAAGUCUACAAGGCUACAGCAGAUGAACAGGCUGGUACUGACUUUUACAACAAGUGGACGAGUGUCCCUGAGAGCUGGCAUGCCUACCGCGAAAUCGUCAUUGCUAAAAAGUUGCCUGAUCGUGUGUACGUCCAAGCCAACACUGUCAUUAAAGACGAUGACACGGUUGAAUUGUUGGAAUACGACGCUUCUCCAGCUGGCAUGAUUCAAAGCGUUAUUGAGAGAAAACUAUGAAGAAAGAAUGUUGUUAAUAAAAACGGAUGAGUCUCCCCCCAGAGAAAGGUUACACUGAACUUGUCUAUAUUUAUUGCUAGAGUAUUUUC